AUGUUCUCCAAGACAGCGCUGCUUACCGUCGCUCUCGCGCUUAUGGCGUCCGCGAGCCCACUGCCUCCUAAGAAUGGCGUCGCGGUUCCGUUCACGAAGCGGUCAUCAUCUAUGAAGAACACCGACGGCACGUUCAACGCCGACCGUGCGAUGAUAGCGUCCGCGAGGACGAUCAACAAGCACCGCGCCAACCUUCUCAACCUGGAGAAGAACGUGGGCCCCCAUGUCUUCAAGGAGGGCGCUUUCAUCAAAGAGCUCGCCGUGCUCCCCUCGCACCUCAUCAAGCGCCAGUCCGAGCCCCUCACCAACAUCGACGAUGACAUCGAGUGGGCGGGCGCUGUUUCGAUCGGCACACCCGCCCAGAACUUCUUCAUCGACUUCGACACCGGCUCUUCCGACCUCUGGGUCCCCUCCGCGUCUUGCAACUCAACGACGUGCGCGAGCAAGAGCCGUUACACGGCCUCGUCAUCCUCCACGAGCGCAAAGAAGAACGGCACGUUCUCUAUUCAGUACGGCGACGGCUCUACCGUAUCCGGACCCAUCUUCACCGACACGGUUUCCGUCGCUGGGGUCUCGGCCACAAAGCAGCAUUUCUCCCCGGUGACCACACUCUCAACCAGCUUCAACGACGACCCCAUCGACGGCAUCCUCGGGCUCGCCUUCCCCGCCCUCUCGAGCAUGAACCAGGACCCCUUCUUCUUCUCCGCCGUCGCCCAGCGCGCCGUCCGCGCGGGCGAGCUCGGCUUCAAGCUCGCCACGAACGGCUCCGAGCUCUACCUCGGCGGCACCAACCCCGCGCUCUUCUCCGGCGCGCUCGAGUACCACGGCGUCGACGCCUCGGCCGGCUUCUGGCAGAUCGGCGCCGCGAGGGCGUUCGUCGGCGGCGCGGCCGCCGUCGCCGGCUUCGACACCGUCAUCGACUCGGGCACGACGAUCAUGUACGGCCCCCCGGACGCGGUGAAGGCGUUCUACGGGGCCGUCCCGGGCGCGGGCGUGCACGACCGGGCGCAGGGGUUCUACCACUACCCGUGCGGGUCGCUGCCCAAGAUCUCGUUCGCGUGGCACGGCGGCAAGAAGUGGGAGGUCACCGAGGAGAACUUCAACCUCGGCGAAACGAAGAGCGGCUCCGGCAAGUGCGUCGGGGCGCUCGCGGGGCAGGACAUCGGUCUGGGGAGCUCGGUCUGGCUGCUCGGGGAUUCGUUCAUGAAAAACGUGUACACCGCGUUUUCUACCGACAAGAAGGCGGUCGGCUUCGCCGCGCUCGCUUAA